AUGACUCCGGACGAAGAGGUCAUGCUUCUCACUCAGCAGCUCGUGCGCAUUUCGUCUACAAAUCCGACACUGUCGACCGAAGCGGGCACUGGCGAAGGCGCGAUCGCAAAUUUUGUUCAGCGAUGGUUCAUCAAGCAUGGCUUCGAGGUGGUGGCCGUGCCUGCCGCAGACCCUGAUCGUCCCAGCAUCUUGGCUGUCAAGCGCGGCACAGGCGGUCCUGGAGCCAAGAGUCUUCCCCCCAAUGGCCACAUCGAUAUCGUCUCGCUGGCUGGCUACGUGGGCGAUGGUCUGAGCGGCGAGCUGCGCGACGGAAGGAUCUAUGGUCGAGGCAGUGCAGACAUGAAGGGCGGACUGGCGGCUGCCAUGGUGGCGGCUGCCCAUACGGGCGGCUCCGAUGGCGUGCGAGGCGAUGUCUGGGUUGCAGCUGUGGCAGACGAGGAGGAUGCAAGCCGCGGAUCGCUCGAUGUGCACAAGAUUUGCCCCAACGUCCACGGCGCCAUCUUCCCAGAGCCAACCAACGAGGCCAACUGCGAAGCGCAUCGAGGAUUUGUGUGGUUCGAGAUCACUGUGCUGGGCAGGGCAGCCCACGGCUCACGCUGGGACCAAGGCGUUGACGCCAUCACCCAGAUGGGCCUCUUCCUUGCAUGCUUCCAGAGGUACUGCAACGAGCUCCUUCAGAGAGACCGGCAUCCUCUUCUGGAAUUUGGCAGUGCGCAUGCUGGCAAGAUUUCUGGGGGCGAAAAGACAUCCACCUAUCCAGCGCACGCAACACUCACCGUCCAAAGGCGUACUCUGCGUGGAGAAAGCGAUGACAUGAUCCAGGAGGAAUUGGUGGCAUUGCUACAGGAAGCACAGGGUCGCAUUCAGUACGACUUCAGGUACUCGAUCCGCAAGCUCCUCUCGAGGCCUCCGCUCGCCUCUCGAGACGGUCCCCUGGUUCAGCUUGCCGCGGCGGUUGCCAAGCCACAGCUCAGUACACGAGGUACUGGCCAAAGGAACGGCGCCAAUUUUUGGACCGAUGCAGCGCUGUUUAGUCACGGAAAGGCGAUCGAAAGCAUCGUGUUUGGUCCAAAAGGCAGUGGCAUCCACACCGAGCAAGAAUCGGUCGAGGUCGAGUCGCUGCAGACGCUCGUGAGCGUGCAGCGUGUGCUGCGUGAUGAGUCGUCGUCGAUGGGAGCUUACGAGCAAUCGGCGCCGCUAGCCGCGGGUGUGCGAUGCAGGGACCAACAGCGGCUUUUGCUCGGCGAUCCAAUCGCGUGUCUUGGCUUUGGCUUCGCCCGCUGCUCCACAUGUUUCGCAUAUAAGCGCUCUUGUCCUCGGGCUCGGUCGAUCGAACCUGCUCCACCGUAUCCACUGUGUACAAAUCCGACGACCAUGCCCACCCCAACACCCCAAUCCAUCGUCGUUACUGGCGCCAACAAGGGCAUCGGCUACGAAGCGGUCAAGCACCUCGCACAGAAGCUGCCCGACGCCACAAUCUACCUCACGGCUCGCUCGCAGUCCAAUGGCAAAGAUGCGGUGGACAAGAUGAAGAAGGAGGCGCCCGAGGCCGACUUCUCCAACGUUCGCAUCAUCCUCCUCGAGAUUACCGACACCUCAUCUAUCCGCGAGGCGGUUGCAACCGUGCAGAAGCAAUCCGGAACGCUCGACGUGCUGCUGCACAACAGCGGCAUCCUGCAGGUGCCCGGGGAGAAGGGUUCCAAGGGUGUGUUUGACGUCAACGUCCGAGGAGCCAAGGCCUGCAUCGAAGCAUUCGCUCAGAUCCUCACCAAAGACACGGGCAAGGUCAUCGUCGUCUCGUCCGAGGUGGGCUCGUGGUCCACGGCUGCGCAGGAGAAGGCACUUCAAGACAAGCUGCUGAAUGGCAGCAAGACCGACUGGAAGCAGGUCGAGGCGUGGAUGAACGACUGGCUUCUCCACGAGCAAGGUGGUCAGGGAGUGCAGGAGCCAUGGAAGCCACUCGACCAGCUGGAAAACUCGGGCUAUGCGGUCAGCAAGCUCUUCCUAAACGCCUAUCUGCGAAACUACGUUCUGCAGAGCCAGCACCCGCGACUUGCAGUUGUCUGCCCGGGUUACUGUGCCACCGAUCUUAAUGGCUUCUCGGGUCAUCGCCCGGCUUCGCAGGGAGGCGAGAGUGUUUGCUGGCCCGUCUUCAACGAAUUUGAGAAUGGCCACUUCUACCAGGAUGGAAAGGACCUGCCAUUCUUGUACCCCAAGCCCGAAGGGUUCAAUGUCUAG